ACAUAUUACACAUAAGUAUACAGUAAAGUGGAUCAGUGUAUACACAUAAGUAAGAAAUUUUCCAGAGUGCAAUUUCUGGUCACGGUCGCAUCAUUUGCUCGCGUUGAAAAUAAUCGAUUGCAAUUUAGACGAUUCAGUUCUUCCACUUUUCUUAUAAGAAACGGUACCCUCUUACUAUAAGAAAAUAGAUCUUUGUUCUUUACAUUUGCUAUGAAAGUUGAAUAUUCUUUGAAAACACGGACUAAUUUUCAAGACGAAUGGCGCUGAACGACAGAAGCAACGUAUUAGUUAUUAACCGUGCAGAAACAUGGCAAUAAAGUAUUUACCUACAAAAUAAUCCCACUAGAAUUUUCCUGGGAAUGUGCCUACUGAACGAUAGAUAACUGGGUGAUUAUAGUAGAAUAAAAGAUAAACCGACACAUAAAAAUACAAUUCGUGAGCAUGAGGAAAGAAAGAAACGGUGCAUAUGCACGAUUACGCAGUAUUAUUUGUCGACCUUCGUGUUGUGAGCAUGAAGGCGGCGUUGAAUAAAGAUUUCGCUUACGCGAUGAUUCCGAUGAAGAUCAUGUCGUGGCCUGUUGGUACCUGGCCUCUUCAAGACUACAAUAUUUUUUCCGCUAUACGUGUCAUAAUCACGAGUUUUCUGUUGCUACUGAUGGUAACGAUCGUGCAGUCGGAGAUGUAUUUAGACAGCAAGGACGCCGAGAAAAAUCUCGACGCAUUAGUGAUACUAUCCUGCGGCAUUCUGGCGUUGUCAAAGAUCAUUCGUUUUCGUAUUCGGCCUGCUGCCCUUAUCUCGAAUUUUACGUCCGCGAUUGAGGAUUAUAACGAAUUGUGGGACGAAGAGAAACGAGUGAUAGUGCGAAAACACGCUUAUAUGACCAGAGUGGCUAGUGCCAGUAUGUUAUUUUUCGCGUAUUUCAGCUCGAUUGUUUUCAUAACUGUGCCAAUGCUGGCUGAUGAGGAAGAGAAAAAUGUAGUUAACGCAACGGAGGAAAGUACAUCGGAGUACCCUAUACCUUCGGAAAAUGUAAUGGCACUUAUAAAAAUACCGGAAAAUUUAUACGUCAUUGUUUUUAUCAUAGAAUACUUGAUGCUGCUAUUCACAAGCACUGGAAAUCUAGGAAGCGAUACGUUGUUUUUCGGUAUCACUUUUCACCUGUGCGGUCAGGUAGAAAUUCUGAAACUAGAUUUCCAGAGACUGAAAAUCGAGGGCGAAAGAACGAGGGAACAUUUCAACGUAUUAACCAGGAGGCACAUUUACUUAAUUAAACUGGCCAAUAUGCUGAACGAGACCAUCAGCUCUAUCUUGGCUGUGCAACUAUUCACGAGUUGUAUACUUAUUUGUACAAGCGGACUUCAACUCAUUCUCGCUCUGAGCAUUGGAAACAUCGUCAUGGUUAUAAAAACAUUUAUGGUACUCAGCGCUCUCAUGGUACAAUUAUUUGCAUACAGUUACGUGGGCGAAUAUUUAAGACGUCAAAUGGAAGGCAUCGCUGACUCGAUGUAUUUCUGCAACUGGUACGAUAUACCGAGAAGUGUGGCAAAAGAUAUUAUUUAUGUCAUUAUGAGAGCUCAAGAGCCAGUUUUCCUGAGAGCAGGACAAUUCCUCGUUGUUAAUAUGGAAACGUACACGAGUAUCAUAAAAACUUCUAUGUCAUAUCUUUCAGUUCUUCGAGUUAUGGUAAACGGAAAGAAAGAAGGGGUGCAUAUGCACGAGUACGCGGAAUUACAUGUCGACCUUCGUGUUGUGAGCAUGAAGGUGACGUUGAAUAAAGAUUUCGCUUACGCGAUGACUCCGAUGAAGAUCCUGUCGUGGCCUGUUGGUACCUGGCCUCUUCAAGACUACAAUAUUUUUUCCGCUAUGCGUGUCAUAAUCACGAGUUUUCUUCUGCUACUAAUGCUAACGAUCGUGCAGUCGGAGAUGUAUUUAGACAGCAACGAUGCCGAGAAAAAUCUCGACGCAUUAGUAAUACUAUCCUGCGGCAUUCUGGCGGUGUCAAAGGUCGUUCGAUUUCGUAUUCGGCCGGCUGGUCUUAUCUCGAACUUCACCUCGGCGGUUGAGGAUUAUAACAAAUUGUAUGACCAAGAGAAAGGCGUGAUACUGCGAAGACACGCUUACAUGGGCAGAGUGGCAGGUAUCGGUGUGGUACUUUUCGCAUAUUUCAGCGCAACUCUCUUCAUGUCUGUGCCAAUGCUGGCUGCGGAGGAAGUGAAAGAUGUAGUUAACGUAACGGAAGAUAAUACUCCGGAAUAUCCUAUACCGUCCGAAAAAGUAAUGGCACUUAUAAAAAUGCCGGAUAAUUUAUACUUCAUUGUUUUCAUCAUGGAGUACUUGAUGUUGUUAUUAACGAGCAAUGGAAAUCUAGGUAGCGAUUCGUUGUUCUUCGGUAUUAUAUUUCACCUGUGUGGUCAAGUGGAAAUUCUGAGGCUCGACUUCAGGAGACUGAGCAACGACAACGAAAGAACAAUAGAACAUUUCAUCGCACUCUCCAAGAGGCAUGUUUACUUAUUGAAACUAGCCAAGAUGCUGAACGAGACGAUCAGCUCUAUCUUGGCCGUGCAGCUAUUCACGAGUUGUAUAGUUAUUUGUACAAGCGGACUUCAAUUCAUUAUCGCUCUGAGCGUUGGAAACAUCGUCAUGACGAUAAAAUCGUUUAUAGUACUGAGCACUCUGUUAGUGCAAUUAUUUGCAUACAGCUACGUGGGCGAAUAUUUAAAGCGUCAAAUGGAAGGCAUCGGUGAUUCGGCGUAUUUCAGCAUCUGGUACGAUAUACCAAAAAGUGUUGCAAAAGAUAUUAUUUAUGUUAUUAUGAGAACUCAGGAUCCAGUUUUCCUGAAGGCUGGAAAAUUUUUUAUUGUUAAUAUGGAAACGUACAUGAGUAUUAUAAAAACUUCUAUGUCGUAUCUCUCAGUUCUACGGGUAAUGGUAACUGCUUGAGGACUUGUAUAAUGUAGAAAUCUAGGAAGUCAUGUAAAUCUAAUAAAGUACAAUAAAAUAUUUAGUAUUAUUAAAAUA